CAAUGGGAGGCGGGGCGGCGGGACUUCCGGCGCUGGUUGCUACGACAACCACGGUUCUUUCCUUAGCAACCGGGUCUGAGACGGCGGCGCAGGUGUAGCAAUGUGCUCUGGGCCAAGAAGUUUCUGCUCCUCCUGAAGGUGUUCUGCCUGUGUCCUUGGAGUUCUGUGUCUCUUCACUGCCUGCUCUGCAGCACUUUGCUGGGCCCCAGGCAGGCCCUCCACCCUUUCCUGGGGUCGUUGUGGAAGGACCAUGGCAGACACCGGGGAGGGGAAAAAGGAGGAAGCUGAUUAUAAAAGACUUCACAGCUUUCCACUGAUUAGGCACACUGACAUGCCAGAGGAGAUGCGUGUGGAAGCCAUGGAGCUGUGUGUCACAGCGUGCGAGAAAUAUGCCACCAACAACGAGAGUGCUGCCAAGAUGAUCAAAGAGAUGAUGGACAAGAAAUUUGGGUCCUCCUGGCACGUGGUGAUUGGGGAAGGCUUUGGCUUUGAGAUCACUCACGAGGUGAAGAAUCUGCUAUACAUGUUCUUUGGCGGCAGCCUGGCUGUGUGUGUCUGGAAGUGCUCAUGACAUCUGGCUGGGUCCCAGACUCACUGCACACAAGAGAUUCUUCCUUCUCUUCACAGGUUUUGUACAAUCUGGAGGUGGGGCUUUAUUUUUAAUAGUAAAACUUUGAGGUUUUUUUUUUUCAUACUGAUGUACCAGUCCCAUGGGAUAUAUAUUGUUGGUGCGUGUGUGUGUGUGUGUGUGUGCGUGUGUUAAGCUAUCCUGUCCUUGUCCAGGGAAUAUUUCAUCUGGUUGUGGCUCCUUCCUUGGUGGUUGAGUCUAAGCAGGAAGGAGGUGGUAAAUGGGUAAUUCAUGAGACACUACAAAGCCAUACAGCAGCACUAGGAGGGGGAGGUAAAAGAGAAAAGGUGCUAUCUAGCCCUGAGUUUUUCCUCCCACUUGUUCCACGCUGUGUUCUCUCUUCUCUGCCUUCCCCACUACUGCGUGGUAUGGCUCUGACCGAUGUCUGUCUCUCUUCUGAAUGCCAAUGUUAACAGCAUUUUCUUCCUCCCUGAGAUGACCAUAGAGAACUGGUUGUGUCAAGGAUCUCCCUUUGGGUUAUCCAUGGAGGUGUUAGCUACAGGGGAGCAGACUUAGCAUACCCCUCCCUGCUUGCUUUGGGAAGGUGUGACAGCUGAGCUGCCUGGGUGUAGGAGGUUGCUAUGCAAACUACCCCCUCUUUUCUCACCCACUGCACACUGAGAUAGCAUUAAAACACAGGCAGUCGAUGAUGUCUGGGGAGUGGGUGAGAAUUCUUCAUAAGGCUUGAUUGCCUCUCUGUCAGUUCUUGGGGGUGUCAUGUGAGAAAUCACUUGGUCAUCAGAGACUUAAUGUCUUUUUGGACUUGCAUUCCUUUAGCCUGUGUCAUUUUUUUAAAGCUGUCAGUGUUGGAGGAUGGAGUGAACGUAAUUGUAUUUUACGUAUAUGGAAUAUUUAUAUAAUUCUGGGGAACUGUGUUUUUACAAUAAAAAAAUAGUAAAAUGUC